GGUCCUGCGGCCUUAGGCCUCCUCGUUGCCCAACAGGCGGCUGGGGGCGGGCCGUGGCCACUGAUUAAAGGCCGCCUGGAGCAGCCUGUGUGGAGACAGGUGCCCAGCAGCCCAAGAAGCCGGCGAGCAGCCGCCCCAGCUUUAGGCUUUGCUGUCCCCGUGAGCACAUCACCAUGUCCGAGGUGCCCCGGGCCGAGACUUUCGUCUUCCUGGACCUGGAAGCCACUGGGCUCCCCAGUAUAGAUCCCGAAGUGGCCGAGAUAUCUCUGUUCGCGGUGCACCGCUCCUCCCUGGAGAACCCAGACCGAGAUGAGUCUGGUGUCCCCGUGCUGCCCCGGAUCCUGGACAAACUCACGCUGUGCAUGAGCCCAGAGCGUCCUUUCACCGCUAAGGCCAGCGAGAUCACCGGCUUGAGCAGUGACAGCCUGGCACGGUGCCGGAAGGCCGGCUUUGACAGCUCUGUCGUGCGGACUCUACAGGCCUUCCUGAGCCGCCAGGAGGGCCCCGUCUGCCUCGUGGCCCAUAAUGGCUUCGAUUACGACUUCCCCUUGCUGUGCACAGAGCUGCGGCGCCUGGGCGCCCACCUGCCCCCGGACACCAUCUGCCUGGAUACACUGCCUGCGCUUCGGGGCCUGGACCGCGCCCACAGCCAUGGCACCCGGGCCCAGGGCUUUAAGGGUUACAGCCUGGGCAGCCUCUUCCGCCGCUACUUCCACGCCGAGCCGAGUGCCGCCCACUCAGCCGAGGGCGACGUACAUACCCUGCUCAUGGUCUUCCUGCACCGCGCCGCUGAGCUGCUCGGCUGGGCAGACGAGCAGGCCCGGAGCUGGGCCCGCAUCGAGCCCAUGUACGAGCCACCCGAUCGUCCGAGCAUUGAAGCCUGAAUGCCGGGGGCUCGGUGACGCCACCGCCCAGGGGCGUGAGGCCCGCCCCCAGCACCAUGGGCAGCGCCAGCUCUGACCAUUCAGUCGGGCCCUGGGGCCCGGAGCCGGCAGCGGACCGGUGUCCCACUGUCCCUCUCCCCAUCCUCUGAGGUGGCUGUCCCUGGGCCUGCGCGCCUGCCGGGCUUUCUCCCUGCCCGGGCCUGCCCAGCCUUGUAGCCCCAGAGCUCCCUGCUGGCCACCCCUCACCUGGCCUCUCAAUAAACAUGGACGAGUACUCAGCA